UCAUUCAUUCCGAUUCCAGCAUCCAAGCGUGUUUCGCCACUCCAGUCGCACACUCACUAACCGUUAAGCUUUUCUUAUCUUCUGUCCGUCUUGUGAAUUUUUUCUUCUUGUUGUGCAAGUGUAGUAGUAGCUGAGUUAUGAAACGCGUUUGCCGAUCAACAAAAUAAACGUGCGAUUAGAUUUGUUAACGAAAAGUGGCGCUUAUUAAACAAAUACAUAUGUACACACAUAUGUUAAAUAUUAUAUUAAAAUAAAAAGCAUACACAAAACAAAAGUGUCGUCUGCAGACCAGCAAUUGCAAAUCUUCAAAGUUUGCGUAACAAUUAAUAAUGGUGUAAAAAUGCAUAUUUAAUAAAUUUUUUGCUAUACUCAAAUAUCUACACAUACAUAAAUACAUAAGCCCAUAUGCACUAUGUGUAUUAAUGUGUAUAUUGGCAGCCAAUCAAAUGCCCGGUAGCUAUUUUGACGUUUUGAUUAGUUAACUUGCUAUACAAUUGUGUUUGUGUACUCUUUCUCAUUAUUAUUGGGAAAAAAAUUUCUUUAAAAAAAAUUAUUCUUAAUUUUACAACUUUUACUCUUGAACCUAUCAAACAGCUUAUUUGCAACUGUGCUUCAUUGUGUUUGUGAAAGUUUUGAAAAUAAAAUAAAUAAAUAAAUUUUCUAAGUGUAUACGUGUUCGCGCGUUAUGUGCGGCUAUAUCCACCGAUUUGUUGUUAACUGAUUCAGUUAUUUGAUUUUUUUGGACCACGUUCGGGAAUAUACUUCUACAUUGCAAAGGACCACGAACAAUUUCUGAAAGAAAACUGUGUAGUUAGCGGCGACAAAACGGAUAUUUCACGAAGGCUUAGCUAAAUCCUGUGCCAUGAAGGAGAAGAGUAAAAAUGCCGCUCGCACUAGACGUGAAAAGGAAAAUGCGGAAUUCUUCGAACUGGCCAAAUUACUACCACUACCAAGUGCAAUUACAUCACAGUUGGACAAAGCGUCCAUCAUAAGAUUAACAACAUCGUAUCUGAAAAUGCGUCAAGUCUUUCCCGAUGGUCUGGGCGAGGCGUGGGGCACUUCACCGGCAAUGCAACGCGGCGCUAUCAAAGAGCUUGGCUCACAUUUGCUGCAAACAUUGGACGGUUUCAUAUUUGUUGUGGCACCGGAUGGCAAAAUUAUGUACAUCUCCGAAACGGCAUCCGUACAGCUGGGACUCAGUCAGGUUGAACUCACCGGCAAUUCCAUAUUUGAAUAUAUACACAACCACGAUCACGAUGAGAUGAACGCUAUACUCUCACUGCAUCCUUAUAUGUACCAAAAUCCGGAUGCAUUUAUUAAUUCAUUACAUCUACCACAGAGCGGCAAUCCACCCACCGGCCAUGCGAACGUCAUCGGCAGUCCGAAUGGCAGCUAUGGCAAUGAUCGUGGUUCGCAUACGAUCGAAUUGCAAAAAUCCUUCUUCCUGCGCAUGAAGUGUGUGCUGGCGAAACGGAACGCUGGACUCACCACAUCUGGUUAUAAGGUUAUUCACUGCUCUGGCUACUUGAAAGCGCGCAUAUUUCCUGACUAUGGCGACGGUCAUGGCGGUUACAUACAAAAUUUGGGCCUUGUAGCUGUCGGUCACUCUCUGCCUUCGUCUGCGAUAACGGAAAUUAAAUUACACACAAACAUGUUUAUGUUUCGGGCGUGUAUGGAUCUGAAAUUAAUAUUUUUAGAUGCGAGGGUAUCCCAACUCACCGGCUAUGAACCGCAAGACCUCAUAGAGAAAACCCUCUAUCAGUACAUACACGUUGCGGACAUUGGAGCCAUGAGCUGCGCCCACCAAACACUGGUAUACAAAGGACAAGUCACCACCAAAUACUAUCGCUUCCUGACGAAGGGCGGCGGCUGGGUCUGGGUGCAGUCGUACGCGACCGUCGUGCACAACACACGCUCCUCGCGCACUCACUGCAUCGUCAGCGUAAAUUAUGUCCUUAGUGAACAAGAGGCCAAAGACUUGAUUCUCAAUGAAAUACAAACGGGUGUGGUUAAGAGCGAGCCAAUCACCGCUUCGGCUGCGUUGACGCCAUCUUUGCAUGCGGCACACGCAGCUGCCGUCGCCACACACCCGGCGCUAAGCAAUGGCAUUGCCGUUGGCAGUACGGCGAGUUGCGCGGCGCUCAGCGUGAGUCCCAAACUGGACGCGUGUUUUGAGAGUGCUGGCGUACAUCUACCACCUAACGUGCUUACACCGGUGUUGACUGGCGGCAGCAGCAGCAGUGGUGGCGGCGGCGCCGGCAACGGCGUAGCGCAUAACAAUAACAACAAUAAUGCCUAUAUGACGGGACAUAUAAUGCACACGCAACUGCCGCAUCAUCAGCACGCGCAUCUGCAUGCACAUCCGAAUGCGCAUGUGCACACACAGCACGCGCAUCAUCUGCAUCACGUGCAUCCGCAUGCGCAUGCUCACGAAGUGCCGCUACCACCGCAAACACAACACGAAAACCUCAACUAUACAACGCUCUUCCCGCCGAUCAACGAUCUCGUGGUCACUUCAUCGACGCUCGGUCACGAAAUGCAAUACCCGGACACAACCACCGGCCCCGGCUACUACGGCGGCAGUGUCGGCACGAACAAUAGCAAUAACAACUCGGGCAGUGAACACUACUACUAUGAGGCGACGCCAUCAGCCACGUCACUCAAUCGACCGUACUCGGCGAAUUCCAAUAGCUGUUCCAGCAGCGCGGAAAGCGAGCGCCAAAUGUCCACCGGAAAUGCAUCGAUAAUAACGGGUAAUUCGCCGCAGACGACGUACAGCGAGUUGAGUCACACAUUUGAAUUGCAUUACUUGUCGGAUAGCAGUUCGCAUCAACAGGCCGCUAUGGCGGGACCACCGACUACACAACAACAACAGCAGCAACCACAACAACAUCACCUACAAUCUAUGGAACAUCAUCAACACGCGCAUCAUCACCAAACACAUCAGCUGCAGCAACAAAACUUGGCGUCCAGUCACAUUGCCACGCUGCAACAGCCAGCGACGCCACAGUCUCAGUCACAACAACAACAACAAAUGGAGCACCAGCAAAUGCAUCAGCAUCAUCAAACAACGCUGGUUGCACAUCAACUACAACAACACGAGCAUGAACAACUACAACAGCAGCAGCAACAACAACAACAGCAUGAGCAUAUUGCGCGCUCAUUCGCCGUGGCCGUGGAGAAGGGCGUCAGCGUGCAGCCACAAUACACCAGCGUCAUUGUUGACCCCCAUCAUCAUUAUAUACCCAACGAUUUUGUACAUUAGCAUUUGCUAGCUGGUACGAUCCACAGGAUCGGUAGCAGUCAAGCACGUAUUGUGCUCUUAUUGGGGGCGCCUUGGGUGUCGUCAUGUUGCUAUGACCUUAUAACGGGUCGCAGCGCAAUGUUGUUGUUAAUUUUAAUAGUUCUAAUUACUGCUAAUUAAAUUGGACUGAGUCACAAAAAUACAUAUAUGUAUAUACAUACAUAACUAUAUAUAAUUUUCGAUUUAAUUUUAUUGCCAAUUUUAUUUAGUCGAAUAUGGUCUGCACUAGCUGUGGAAAAGGCCGCAUAUGCAGUUUUACACCAGAAGAGCUAUGAGAACCCAGCAGGCAUUUUAAUGCGAAUAAAUUGCCAAAAUGGUUUUAUUUAAGGCAAAUUUCAUCAAUUUAAUUAAAUUUUUUUUUUUCCAAAAAGUUAGUGCUCUCACUUUUGCUGUUUAAUAAGUUAAAAAGUUAUUAAAUAUACAUAAAAUGUUAAAAAAAUUUAAACUUAUUAAUUUAAAAUAAUUUGUUUUGAAAAUAAAUUUUGCCGUGUAAUAUAUGCAAAUUUUCAACUAAAAAUAAAUUUUUUUAAUAUCAAAAAAAGUUCACAACCCUACAGAUUAUCCUGUUAAAAUAGUAAGUGCCGUUUUCUCAAUAUCUGAAUAGCAAUCAUCUGCCAGUUAAAUUCUGAUUAACUUAACCAAGACUUCUUUUUACUACCUUUUAUAAGGUGUUAAAUACAGUUAGAAGGCCGGGAAAGCGAUUUUUCCAGAAGUUUUUCUGCGGAAACUUUUAAAAUUAUUGAUCCAAAAAUUUGAACACAUAUUAUGGUAUCUUUUUACUGUAUUUUAAGACUUAGCAUAUGUAAAAAUAUUUAUUUGGAAAAGAGCUACAGCUGAUCUCCGGAAGCUCCUCUCAAAAAGACGUUUUGGGGUGACCAAUAUGAACUAGAUCCUCUGAAAUUAAAAAACCAAACAGAAUUCGUUAAAGUAAUUUUAAAUCUAGUCAUUAAUCGAAAUUAUAUGCAAUAUAAACAUUUUUGACAAAAUUGCGGUUUUCCAAAAAAAAAAAAUCGAUUUUUGACCAAAAUGUCGGCCCCAAAAUUGUUUAUAAAAAAAUAUUUAUCGGUGAGAAAAAAUUGAGUGUAACUUCGAAAAUAUUCACUACGAAAAAUAAAAAUUUUUUGAAAAUUCUUAAUUUCAAAAUAAAAUUUAUCGGCAUUAAAUAUUGAAAAUUUUAUUUAUAAAUGGUUCGAAAGAACAAGUGUGCCGAUCAUAGAUCUAGAGUACUAAAGAUGAUGGCUCUACAAGCUUUAUUUCAAAAACGUAGAAUACGAAUAUUCAAGCGCGAAAACAGUAAAUUUAAAAACAAUUUUUUUGUCUCAAUUGUAGUAUAAACUUAGGAUUAAAAUUUGUAAAAUUUAUUUUUUAUCUUUCGAUUCGUUUCUCAAGUUAACAAUUUAUUUUUAACUUCCUUUGUUCCGGCAUUUGGUAUGAAAAUUUUUUAAAAUUAAAAUUCUCGGUAUUAAAAAAUUAAAAAAAAAAAUAAUAAUUUACAUCAGUUGUGUUUGUAAUGCAAUCCUCAUUAAAUGUAUGUACAUGCAUACAUACAUAUGUAUAUACUUUAGGAGGUUUGCGUAAAAAUUCACUUUACCUAACAAAAUCGUAUCUUUUCCAAAAAUUCUUUAAAGUUCUUUAAAUAUUAUACUUAGUAUAUAUGUUAUAUACAUUUUUGUUAAUUAUAACUGCGUAAGCUGUGUCUACGCCAAUACAGAAGAUAUUUUAUAAAUAUAUUAUAUUAGAUCUCAUAACACUUGUGCGAUGUUUUCAAGGGCUAGUGUGACCAUAUUCACUUAUUUACUUUUAUAUUAAUUGAAUAAAAAAAUAUGAAAAUAUGUAUGUCAACUUGGAAUGCCUUCACUUAGUUUUUAUUAAUUUAUUUAGUAUUUUUUUUUUCUUUUCUGGGCUAUUUAAUUUUACUUAUGUGCUUAAAAGAAUAUUUUAUUUAUUACCCAAAGUUAAGCAAUUGACAAGCCAAAUUGUUUGUGUAUUUUCUUUAAUAUUAAGUAAUAACAAUAUGUAAAUAAAUUUAUUGCUAAAAUAAAAAAAAAAAACAAGCGAGUAAAAUUAACUGUACAAAAAUUGUGAGUACUCCAAUUAUUCGCUUAAUACCGUUAUGGUUUAUCCAUGGCGUAUGUAAAUGUUGUAUGUUGAGAAUACCUAAAGUAUAAAAAAUUUAUUUAAAAAGUGUACGUAAAAUCAAAAUUAUAUAUAGAACUAAAUAAUAGUGAGCAUUAAUGAUCUUCGUAAGCUGUAUUUAUGUACAAUAAACAAGGAAUUCUAAGCCAUUUCAUGCUUGGCGAAAAUCGCUCAGACGAUUAAGCAGCUGAUGAUACUUUGAUUUUUCUAAAUAUUGACAUUAAAGUCGGUUGACAGACUAAUAUAAGAUAUAACUAAAGAAACAUAUAAAUAAAGUGAUAAUUAUUUAUACAAAA